CCUGCUCCAUGGGAGGGGAUAGGGCAGUACAAAAACUCACACAUGACUGAAGAAUCUGUCAGACUGGGAGGAUGGAUUAGCAGUACAGACACUUGGGCUUCUUCUUUUCCUGACAUUCUUUUUCCAGAAGCACCUUGGAAAGCUAUUACUUUGAAGACUAUUAAUUUUUUUCAUAUCUGCCUUCAAUAUGGACACAUUAGUCUGUCAUAUUUCAUUAUAACUUUGUCGCUUAUUCAGAAAUCCUGGUGGAUUGUUUUGACCACAGGAGAUAUCUUCACAGUUUGCGUCAGACUUCUCAACGGAUUGACUGAGCAGCAUGUCAAAGGAGGUGAAGCCAGAGAGCGUGUCGCUGUGUCCUCUGGGUGCAGCAGCUGCCCCUGAACAGGAGCUGCUGUGCAUUUUUGGGACAGGAGACUUGGGGCGUUCUCUGGGCCAGCGUCUGCUCCAGUCUGGAAGCAAGGUGGUGUACGGCAGCCGCAGACCUCACAGCUGCGGCCCUCUGCCCAUAGGAGCUCAGGUGUUGAGUCAUGCAGCAGCAGCCCAGUCAUCCAGUCUGGUGUUUCUUUGUAUUCACAGAGAACACUAUGACUUCCUGGAGAGUCUUGCACCUCAGCUCAAGGGGAAGGUGCUGGUGGAUGUCAGCAACAACAUAAAGAAGAAUCUCUACCUAGAGGCCAAUGCAGAGUACCUCCAGAGGCUGAUCCCUGGAGCUCAUGUGGUGAAAGCUUUUAACACUUUGUCCGCCUGGGCCUUGCAGAACGGACCCUCAGACGCCAGCAGGCAGGUGGACCUGUGCGGGAACAAUGCGGAGGCCAAGCAGGCUGUAGCAGAGACUGCUACCAAACUGGGCUUUACCGUUCUGGAUAGAGGGUCUCUGUCAGCUGCCAGAGAGUUGGAGGACUUCCCUUUACGCCUUUUCCCAGAGUGGAGGCUGCCACUGCAUAUCGCCAUCGGCCUCACUGCCUUCUUCUUUUUCUAUCUGCUCUUAAGAGAUGUCAUCUACGCGUAUGUUGACCAGGGGAAAAACAUCUCCUUCAGAAUCAUGGUCUCACUGGCCAACAAGGUGUUUCCAAUCGUUUCCCUCAUCAUGCUGUCUCUGUGUUACCUACCUGGUGUCGUAGCUGCCAUCCUUCAGCUCUACAGAGGAACCAAAUACAAGCGCUUCCCUGACUGGUUGGAUCGCUGGAUGCUGUGCAGGAAACAGCUGGGACUGUUAGCACUUGGCUUUGCUUCUCUACAUGUGCUCUACACUCUCAUCAUCCCCAUAAGAUAUUAUGUGAGAUUCAAGAUUGCUGCAAACACCAUCUCACAGAUAAAGGAGAACCGAACGUCAGAGUUUGACAUCACCACAGCCUGGCGUGCUGACUCGUACUACUCUAUGGGGAUUCUAGGUUUCUGCCUCUUUCUUCUUCUGGGAAUAACCUCCCUCCCCUCUGUCAGCAACGCUCUCAGCUGGAGAGAGUUCAACUUCAUACAGUCCAAGCUGGGGUACCUGUCAUUGUUCUUCUGCACAUUUCACACCUACCUGUACGGCUGGGACAGGUUCCUUCGUCCUACCACGUACAAGUGGUACACGCUGCCAGGCUACAUGCUAUCUCUGGUCGUGCCGUCUGCAGUGCUGGUAUUUAAGCUUCUGCUCCUCCUGCCUUGUGUGGACCGCACCCUCACACGCAUUCGACAGGGCUGGGAGAGGUGUGAUCCAGAGGACGACAGCAAGAAAUCAUUACUAACAUAGGACUGUCACUAUUACAGACACCAAAAUAAUGGUGUGUGCAGAAAUGCAAACACAAAGACACUGCAUCGGGUAAUUCUAGGGUAAUUGUUUUGAGAUGUCAAGGCUGAUUAAUUACCCAUAUUGUUCUGGUUUGUAUUGUCAAUAAAACAACAAACAGACUAUAACUCCAACUAGUAAUCACAUUGUAAAUGUUCCUUUUUUACUCACAGUUUGCAAUAUAAACACAGGAUACACAAAAACCUUUAACCAACUGUUCAUAAUCAAUCAAGGAAACAGUCAUGAAAGCAGCCAUACUGCCUUUUCUUUUUACUUUAUCUUUUAAUAAUACACAAUGUGCUCAUAUACGUCUGUGCUAUAGAUGUCUGUAGUUCAGAGAUCAGUGACUUUGUUGUAAUUCCCUUAUCAACAGCAGCAACAUUUCUGAGUAACUCUGAUUCUUUAACCUUUGUCUCUCCAAACUUCAUCUACUGUACUUGGCAGCUUGAGUUUAUUGAUCGACUGAGCAUAUUUUUUAUGUAAAUGUAUCUCUUUGGAUUCCUUUGUAAAAUAAAGCAAUGAUCAGAUUUGGA